CGAACAAGUGAAACUUUUUUACGUAAGAUUAUAAUUCUGCACGGAAAUAUCAAUUCUAAAAAUUGGUUGACAUUUCGUACUUUCGACAUUUUGAAAACAACACAGAACAUUGUUGUGCUUCCUUCCAGGUCAUUAUCAACGAAUUCGUGGGGGCUGUUGUUGUAUUAAUGAGGCAAAUUUCUUCUAGAGGCGGCCAAUUUAAGGAACUCAUAAAGGGCCACAAUUCGGAACGGGGGCCACAAUAAGGAGCAUUUCAAUCAAUAGUUUGAUCAGGCUAGUAAGCAAUCAUAUUUGUCGAAGGACUUUUGAAGGUACAUAUUACAGGAAGACUACAAUCAUGGGAAAUAUAGUCAACCAUGCCUUAGGGGCCAAGUUCGGGUACAUUUACCCUACUUUUGCAAAUUUUGCAUUGGUUCCGAAGGUGACAAAUGUGAGAAGGUUUCCGGCAAAACCGCUUCCGAAAUUCAUGCAGCGAUUAUUAAACAUUUCUGGUUCACGGACGAAGAAAUGAAUCAAUUGUUUGUUUGCACUGUCUGUCAAGCUAAAAUAAUCAGUUUCGCCACAUUUUACUGUCAGGCCAAGGAGAUUUACAAUCUACAAAAAUGCAUAGCUUAUGAUCCUUGUGAAGAUUGGAAUGACAUCAUAGAAGAGGAUAGCUCAUACGAAGUCGUGAAAAUUCCUCACGGUGAAAAUUAUGCUUCUGAGCAUAACGAAAAAUCCAAGUUGAAGAAAGGAUCUGAAGAAAUGGAACCCAUUUCCGACAACCAAACGAUCACAGAUGAAGAUAUUCUUCGCUACUGUUCAUUGGGUUGCGAGCUGUGUGAGUAUCAAUUUGAAAAAUUGACCGAUCUAUUUGGACACUACUCGUCGCGCCACCAAAAAGAAGCUUUCGUAAACUGCUGUGAGCUCAGUUUCAACGAAGAGUUUCUAUUUCGAAAGCACAUUCGCGAACAUUUGGAUUCGGAUGCACUGAAAUGUACAGAAUGUCAAAAAACGUUUAAUAGUCCUCCCAGUCUGAAAAGUCAUAGGCGCCAGGCUCAUCCUUCUGGAGCGAAAAAACAGUUUCUCUGUGAUCGAUGUCCUGCAAAAUUUGUGAGUCACAUUCAACUAAAGUUACAUGUGACAACACACAAAAACUGCAAAACCAAAGAAAAAAGAUGCGCCAUUUGUCAGAAACAAUUUAAAUCGAAUCAGUCUUUGAACAAUCAUCGUAAUGAUCAUUUUUUCAAAACCUCUGUACAAUGUAUGGAGUGUGGAAAGUGGUUGAAAAAUAUCCACAGUCUUCGAAGGCACAUGGUGCGACAUUCCCAGAAAUCCUUGAUAAUUUCUUGCAAAAUAUGCGGCAAACAAUCGCCCAACGAGCACGCUCUCAGCAAACACAUCCAGGAUAAACAUACGGCCGAAAAGAAUCACAAAUGCCUCGUUUGUAAGAAAGGUUUCAAACGCGCCUUCGCUUUGAAGGAACACAUGUCGAUCCAUACCGGCCAGUACAACUACCGAUGCGAUUUGUGUGGAAAAAUGUUCAAAUUUUCAGCCAACCUAAGCUCACACCGAAAGAAGGACCAUUCUCAGCUAGAUGUUAAGUACAAAGAGAAGGAUAACAACGCCUGCAGCGACCUAACAUAUUUCGAAUCUCUCCAAAGCAUUCCAAUACUGCAAUAACAUAGAACA